AGAAGAGAGAGAAGAAGGAUGUUUACACACAUAAAGCAGCAUCUCCAGAGCCCAGCUUUGUGUCUAAGAAGAGUAACACAUCCAUGGAUUAUCCUCUUCAGUUCAGUCAUGGAGCAGAGACCUUCCACACUGAAGUGAAAAGAGGUGAUGUGAUCAAAUCAUUGAUGCCCAGUCUGACCUGCACUGACAGCGAAUGUCAGACCCACGUAAGGCAGAGACUCAAAGACCAACACAAAACCAGCAUGAAGAACAAGUAUGAGAGCUUAUUUGAGGGAAUCAACCUAGAAGAGAAUCAAACUCUCCUGAACAGAAUCUACACACAGCUUUCCAUCAUAGAGGGAGAGAGUAAAGGAGUGAAUGAAGUACAUGAGGUUUUACAGAUGGAGAAAACAGCCAGAAUACAACAAGAAACACCAAUCUACUGCAACGACAUCUUUAAAGCUUCACCUGAACCAGGAUGUGAGGAGAGAGACCACAUCAAGACUGUUCUUACUAAAGGCAACGCUGGAAUAGGAAAAACCAUCUCUGUGAAAAAGUUCAUUCUAGACUGGGCUGAAGGAAAAGCCAAUAAGGAUGUGGAUUUCAUGUUUGUGCUUCCAUUUCGAGAGCUGAACUUGAUCCGAGAUCAUCAGUACAGUCUUCACAGACUUCUGCUGGACUUUCAUCCUGAACUUCAGGAUCUUGACUCACAGAUUUAUGAGGAGUGUAAAGUUGUGUUCAUCUUUGACGGUCUGGAUGAAAGUAGAAUCACACUUUUGUUUUCAGAUUUUCAGAAAGUUUCUGAUGUGACUGAGACUUCAUCAGUGGGUGAGUUGAUUUCAAAGCUCAUUACAGGAGAGCUGCUUCCAUCUGCUCUCAUCUGGAUCACCUCCAGACCAGCAGCAGCCCAUCAGAUCCCCUGCAAAUAUAGCAACCGUCUGACAGAAAUUAAGGGAUUUAAUGAGCCUCAGAAGGAGGAAUAUUUCAGGAAGAGAAUCAGUGACCAGUAUCAAGCCAGCAGAAUCAUCUCACAUAUCAGAAGAACAAGAAGCCUCCACAUCAUGUGCCACAUCCCUGUCUUCUGCUGGAUCUCAUCCACUGUACUUCAGAAGCUCCUGAAAGAAGAUCUGAGUGCAGAAAUCCCUCAAACUCUGACUGAAAUGUACAUACACUUCUUGCUGAUUCAGAUCAACAUGAGGAAUCAGAAGUAUGAAAAUACAAAUCCAAAUAAACUCCUGCAGUCCAACAGAGAAGUGAUUGUGAAACUUGCAGAAGUGGCUUUCAAACAGCUGAUGAAGGGCAAUGUGAUGUUCUAUGAGGAGGACCUGAUAGAGAGCAGUAUAGAUGUCCCUGACGCCUCAGUGUAUUCUGGGGUUUGCACUGAGAUCUUUAAGGAGGAAUCUGUGAUUCAACAGAGGAAAGUCUACAGCUUCAUCCACCUGAGCUUUCAGGAGUUUCUUGCUGCUUUCUUUGUGUUUUACUCAUAUAUUUUAGGGAAUGAGGUAUCCCUGAAGUUUUAUAUACUAAAAGCAGCAGUUGAAAAAUCCUUGCAAAAUGAGAAUGGACAGCUGGAUCUGUUCCUGCGGUUCCUACUAGGCGUUUCACUUGAAUCCAAUCAGAGACUCUUACAGGGUCUACUGCCACGCAGAGAGAACAGCUCAGAGAGCAUCAGGGAAACCACAGAGUAUAUUAAAGAGAAGAUCAAAAAAACAAAUGAUAAUUUUUAUCUCUCAGCUGGUCAAUCCAUCAAUCUGUUCCUCUGUCUGCUGGAAGUGAAAGAUAAGACUCUGUCAAGAGAAAUUCAGGAGUUUAUGAAAUCAGACAAACACUCAGAGAAGAAACUCUCUCCUGCUCACUGCUCAACAAUCGCCUACAUGCUUCAGAUGUCAGAGGAAGUGCUGGUUGAGCUGGACCUCAAGCAAUACAACACAUCAGAUGAGGGCAAAAGGAGACUGAUACCAGCUGUGAUCAACUGCACAAAAGCUUUACUUGCUGGCUCAGAUCUCACUGAUCAGUGCUGUGAAAGUUUGUCUUCAUCUCUACAAUCAUCAAAUUCCCAUUUGAGAGAGCUGGACCUGAGUAACAAUGACCUGAAGGAUUCAGGAGUGAAGCUUCUCUGUGAUGGCCUGAGGAGUUCACACUGUCACCUCAACAUACUAAGGUUGUCGGGCUGUAUGGUGACAGAAGAAGGCUGUUUUCAUCUGGUUUCAGCUCUGCGUUCAAACCCCUCACACCUGAAAGAGCUGGACUUGAGCUACAAUAACCCAGGACAAUCAUUAGUCCAGCUGCUCUUUGAUUCAAACUACAGGCUGGACAAACUCAAUGUGGAUCAUCCAGGAGUGUUCAGGAUCAUACCAGGACCACAGAAAUUUGCAUGUGAACUCACUCUGGAUUUAAACACAGCAAGCACUGGUCUCAUUCUCACUGAAAGGAAGGUGAAGUCUGUGAGAGAGAAGCAGCCGUAUCCUGAUCACCUAGACCGAUUUGAUGGGUUCAGGCCUCAGGUUCUGUGUAGAGAGAGUCUGACUGAACGCUGUUACUGGGAGGCUGAAUGGAACGAGAAUGGGGUUCAUAUAUCAGUUACAUAUAAAGGAAUCAGCAGGAAAGGAGAGAGUGAUGACUGUUUGUUUGGAUUAAAUGAUAAGUCCUGGAGUCUGAACUGUUUUAAAGACAAUUUCUCUGUCACACACAAUAAGAAGAGCAAGGCCAUAUCUGCCCCAUCAUGCGGUAGUAGAGUAGGAGUGUAUGUGGACAUGUUGGCAGGUAUUCUGUCCUUCUACAGCGUCUCUGACACACACACACUCACACACUUACACACAUUCAACACCACAUUCACUGAACCCCUCUAUGCAGGAUUUGGCCUUGAUUCUGGUAGUUCUGUGUCGCUGUGUGAAAUUAAACUUUGAGAAACAACACAGGGAGCAAAACACAAAACCAGGGGUGGCGAAUGUCGGUCCUGGAGAGCCGCAGCCCUGCAGAGUUUUGCUUCAGCCCUAAUCAAACACAUCUGAACAAGCUAAUCAAGGUCUAAGAGUUAAUAGAAAGCUACAGGCAGGUGAGUUUUAAUUAGGGUUGGAGGUGAAUUCUGCAGGGCUUCAGCUCUCCAAGACCAGAGUUCGCCACCCCUACACAAGACUGUUGACCUACUCUGUUAAUGACAACAGAUUGACUCUUUCUCACUCUAAUCUUUGUUUAGUGUGUAUUAAGUUAAAUGUGGGCAUGGUCCACAUGUUCAAGAUGUUUGAUUUUGCGGAUGCAACACAAGCUUUUUAGCUGAAAUUUUGUUUUCUUGUCUGAAUUUAUUUAAUGCAGGUAUCCAACAUGUCUAAUAUGAGUGGAUUUUACACCGAAUGACAUUCAACAAGUUUUCAAAACAAUCAUCCUCUCUUGUCUUGUGCAUGUUGGGGCAAAAUUGUAAAUUAAUUUUUCCACCACAUACAACUAUGACAGCAGUAAGAAUUUACUUUAUUUUGUUUGAUAGUCAUGGUUUGCUGACCUGCAGUGAUUUAUGUAAUUUAUACUUUUGCCCUGUUCUUCUUUAUCUAUUGAACAAUAUUAAUAAUGUUUUUUUUUUCUUUUAAGUUUCUCUUAAUGUCCACAUUCAGUGCUUUAAACUCCUGUGCUUUUGCUUUCUAGCAUUGAAUUAUCAUUUAUACUGAUCAGCUGAUUUCAUUGCUUCACUAAUUAAGUUGAUCAGAAAAUUUUAUGUUGUUAGUGUAGAUUGGCUGAUUUUAUAUUGUAUCACUUGUAUAGAUCAGUUGUGGUGUUUUGACUGACUGUUCUUCUGGGGCCCGUUUCACUAAGGAGGUUCAACCAACUCUGAGUUUAAACUUGAACUCUGAGUUGACUUACCCUGAAAUGGGAAACAUGUAAUAGACACUCAGAAUAAUCAUUUUCCAUUUGAAUUAAGAUCAUUUUUAUUACCACACUGGCAUAUCAUUUUACUCAAGUAAAAUGCAC